CGCGACUCUGGAUGCGGUUUUCUCAAUCACCAUUUGGGACUGUACCCAACGACAUAAAGCCAUCCAAAUAGCGUUGCUUUUUUUUUUUCUUCCUUUUCCCCUUCAGGCGGAGCCGCUCAAGGCAUCAAUAAAGUAAUCGUGGGUAUCAGAUGUUUCCAUCAUAAUCUGUUUGUUUCAACCGAUUCAGGAUAUCUGGGGUGCCGGGUGACGAGGAAGGAAAAGAAGUACAGAAUACCCCGGGUUGGCGACAACUGAAUAGGGCGGCGGGUGGCUUUUGCCCCUACUACUGAGGCUAGAGAGGCCAAGCCGUCAACAUGCAACAUCUCUCUGGGGAAGCCAAGCGACCAGUAGCAGAUGAGUGGGAGAAUGGCCCUACAAAGAGGCAACGCGUGGCUCCAGGCUCGCAUUCGAAUUCGGAAGCUACAGACCCAGAGUUGAAGGUUGACGAAUGGGCAGCAGAUCUCAUCGCACAGGGCUCUGGUCGUAGAGGUCCUUCAGGAACGUCAAGCGCUGAACCAGCUGCGGCUACUGUAAUAAGUGAUGGAACGGAAUCAAGCGAAGACGAGCAUGAUUCCUCCCUUGAGAUUGUGGAAAAGGAUGCAUCUACUACUGUCGCUGAGCCCGAGCUUGAGUCUGUCUUGUGGCAUCCUGAUCCCAGCCAAAAAGCUCCUCCACGCUGGCACACGCCCAUCAUGCAUUACACCGACGUGAGCAAUAUCUGGAGCAUCAAAAUGGUCAACCCGGAAAGGUCGUACAGGCUCUGGCGAGAUUCCAACGGUCAGUUGGACAGCACUUUUGGCGCGCUGAUACCUGAAGGAUACGCCCUGUGGAACAACCCUUCCUACCCAUGGAUAUGUCCGGUUCGCGAUUGUAGACGGCUCUGUGCCAGUCGGCAAGCCCUUGGAGGUCAUUUUAUUAGACACCGCAAGUCUCUGUUAAAUGACAACAGAGAUGGGACAUUUACGGUCGUGGGUACAUAUGCAGAACAGUUGCUAAGCGAGAGAGGCCUCCCAGCAGUGGUAAUCACACAAGAACCUGGUAACACGGCGCCAAUGGAAGUCCCGAGUGUGCAUGCGCCUCUGGGCCCUGGGAACGGGGCGGCUAGCACUCUCUCGACACUACCAUCAGAAUCGCUGCUGCCACCCGUGGCGCCUGUGAUUAAUGGGACCAACAACGAAGUCCCCGUCUAUAGGAAACGAGUAGACCCCAACGCAGGCAUCGUUUAUCCUCAACACCCUAACAGGAUUAUUUCACCCAACCCACAUUCAUUGGGGCUCGUACCACUGCGUACUGACUCUCCCCAGGUGCGGUCGAAAGGGAAGACGCCAAAUAUGCAGUUGGAUGACAACCGUGACUUCAAAACGCCAAUACCCGGAAAUGCCGACAAAAUGUGGGAUUACAUAAAGGAAUUCAUGCGUCAGACGCCGCUGCCGCCUGUAACUGGACAUGUCCUCGAUUUUAUUGGUUUGCCCAGGCUCCGGGACAUACGGUGGAACCAGGCGUGGAAGAAUGGCUACUUUGAGAGCCUUCCCAGAGAUAUCACAGCCUUGAUAAUGCACCUCACCGGUGAAUAUCCACCUAUAUCUUGUUCAAGGUGCCAGGCUCAAAAAGGGCCCUUUGAGGGUUGCAUUGUCAUGUCGCGCGUGGUGCAAAAUCAAAAUAUUGUCAGCUGCUCCAACUGCUGGUACCAUGGCUAUCAAACGCAAUGCAAAUGCACUUUGAUGGGCUAUCUUAGGAACAGGCCAUUCUUGCUCAAUUACAGGGUGGAGCAAAGCAUCGGCCCUGCUGCCUCACCAGCUGCCACAAAUGUCCCAGCACAUAUAAUACCGGCUCGGACGCCAUUGCCAACGUAUAUUUCAGGAGUGUUCAGUAGUACGUCGGGGCAAUCACAGUCGGUGCAGCCCUCAAUGAGAAGAACAAACCCUGCACCGGGAGCGCAGCAACCUACUCCGCAGGCCACAAGCAUUGGGCAGCAUGAAACAUCGAACAACAAGCCAACAAGCUCUGCGCCAGCGAUCACAGAACGACAUGGGAUGACCACUAGAUUUUCGUCAUCUACAGUCACCACUAAUCGGCCUUCGCCGGCCAUAUCGACCGAUCGGGCUCCCGGAAACAUGCAGACACAAACACCGGCGGAAGCUUUAGAAAUGGAGGAUUGGGAGGUGGGCCCUGGCCGGAUAAGGUCUCAAAAGGACAACGGUGAUAGCAUCGCAUUUUCGAAUGCCUACCUCUUUGGCAGCAACGGCUCAUCGGUCGCCGUGGCUGACGGCAUCUCAUUUCACGUCGACGUCAUACGUCCGGGGACAAGACGCACCUUUGACCGCGACAGCGCGACGACGCGAAUCUGCUCCCUGGCGAGCGGCAAGCUCAAGGUCAGGAUGCAGGAAGAAAGCGAGCUGACGCUGGGCCCGCACGGAAUGUUCAAGAUCCGGCCGGGCGUUGCGUGCACCGUCGAGAACAGGAUCUACCUCGAUUGUAUAUUACACGUGUCUUCGAUCGUCACCGAGGACGUUCAAAAUUCCGAUGAAUAGAGGACGAAUCAACCAUUUCUGGUGAAGCAAAGCUUUAAUAUUGCGACGAUACUCCCCCGUGAUUCACCUUCUGUACUUG